AUGGACGAGUGGUGUCUCUCUUCCCAGAGCUGUCUGCCCAGAUCCGGCCGCUGCCUCGCUUCAGAGCCGGCCGCCGGAGGAGCCCCUGCGGCUCACAGCUAUGAGACCCUGGCGGUGUCCCGGGCGCGGGAGAAGGUGCUCCACGUGGAGCUGAACCGGCCAGACAAGCGGAACGCCAUGAACGCAGCGUUUUGGAGGGAGAUGGUGGAGUGUUUCAGCAAGAUCGCCCAGGACCCGGAGUGCCACGCGGUGGUGGUGUCGGGCGCUGGGAAGCUGUUCACUGCCGGCAUUGACCUCAUGGAGAUGGGCAGCGUGUUCGUGAUGAUGGAGGGGGACGACACGGCCCGCAAGGCGUGGAACAUCCGCCGGAAGAUCCGGGAGUAUCAGGAGACCUUCAGCGUGCUGGAGAAGUGCCCGAAGCCCGUGAUCGCCGCUGUCCACGGAGCCUGCAUCGGAGGAGGCGUAGACCUGAUCUCUGCCUGCGACAUCCGGUACUGCACGCAGGACGCCUGGUUCCAAGUGAAGGUGCGUGGCGGAGGGCGGGCGGCAGACGUGGGCCCCCUGCAGCGCCUGCCCAGGAUCAUCGGGAACCGGAGCCUGGUGAACGAGCUGGCUUUCACCGCCCGCAGGAUGCAGCGGCCUGGUCAGGACUCAGGUCCCAGCCCAGCCACAGGGAGGCAGUGGCCAGCACUGGGCGUCAGGACAGCGGGGGGCUAG